AAGCCACGACGUGUUCAAAUUCGAUUUUCCAAUUACGAUUUUUUAUUACUACAAAAAGGGCUGAACUCAAAUUUAACUACUCUUCUUCCAUUCUUAUCUCUCUCGAUUCCUUCUCAAAUUCCCAUUUCCCAUUGCAAAAUCCGAUUUUUUGUAUUUUUUUUUUCAUCUGAUCCUAUUUGAUCUGUUCCUAAAUUGAGUUUGUGUUCGUUGUCGUGAUUCAUUGCUUCAAUGCAGAUGAAGCUGCUUGUGAAUGAUGAUCCUACUACCUUGAGUUAUUGGUUGGAUUGGAGAGUGUUUCUAUGUGCAGUAUGGGUAUUGACACCUAUGGUUGUUGCAGCAUUUCUAAUAUGGAAGUAUGAACGUUCAGGAAAUUCCAAAUCCGAUGUAGGAGGGUACCAGCAAGAGAGCUCGCAUUUGCACUCUGAAAAAUCAUGGAAACCUUGUCUAAAAGAAAUUCAUCCUAUUUUCCUGAUGUGCUUUCGGAUAAUUGCUUUUGGUCUGCUUUUGGCAGUUGUAUCUUUUGAUCUUGCUUUACAUGGAGCUGAACUGUUUUACUACUAUACUCAGUGGACUUUUACUUUGGUCACCAUCUAUUUUGGGCUUGGAUCAUUACUUUCUAUACGUGGAUGUUUUUACAAUCUCAAAAUAGAUAGCAACAGUAAGUGCUAUUUAACUGAGGAUACCGAGCAGGGUUUGCACUUGCCUUUAGCACAUGGAAUGAAUGGAAAUGGAGUGAGGUUUCAGGAGAGGUUGGACGAUCGUGGAACAUUCCAUGCUCUGAUAACUUCUGGCGUGUGGGAUGAUCUCUAUCAAGUUUUAUUCCAGAUGACAGCAGGGGCAGUAACUCUCACUGAUAUUGUUUACUGGUGCGUGAUAUUCCCAUUCAUGGCACUGAAAGAUUAUGAGAUGAGUUUUUUGACAGUCGCAACACACUCUGUGAAUGCUAUCUUGCUCCUUGGGGAUACAGCUAUGUGUAGUCUGGAAUUCCCAUGGUUCCGGAUUUCUUACUUCAUUUUGUUGACGGGUAUUUAUGUGAUAUUCCAGUGGAUUGUUCAUGCCUGCGUCUCAAUUUGGUGGCCAUAUCCUUUUCUUGAUCUAUCAGCAGACCUCGCUCCAAUGUGGUACCUAGUGGUAGCAUCGAUGCACGUUCCCUGCUAUGCCAUCUUCCUCAUGUUUGUGAAAGUGAAACAUUGGUUACUAUCCAGAUGCUUCCCUCAUUCGUAUCAAUCUUAGCCCAUAAAUUUUGGGAAGAUCGAAUGUGUCUUCUUGUUGUAACGUGGAAGAAAGCAAAUCUUACAAUCCAUCAAGAAAAUUCAUUUCUGGAGAAAAGAUUGAGAGAUGUUUGCACAACUGCAGAAUAUAGGAGGUAUGUUAUUUGGACCAAGUUUGGAGGGUUUAAGGAACUGCUCUCCAAUGCUAGAAAUUUGAGAUUCUUUUACCUCAUUCAUAUACAAAUACAAAAAAGGAACAAGUGGUAUUAUUUGAAUCCAAAGGGUUUUGUUGGUUA